AUGGCUCAAACACAACUUGAAGGUGCCCAGCGCAUCGGCUCACGCUUUCCCAAACUCACAUUCAUCCUGGACCGAGGGAAACAGUUCGGACCCCGCGUCGGUAGGCUGUGCUUGACACGACCGUCCGAUAGUCCAUCCAACCACGUCAUCGACAUCCGAACACCUAAUUUUCUCAUCGGAACAUCUCGUGGUGCAGUUCCACAUUUCUCAAGGGACCAUGUUCAUUCAGCGAAAGGAAUCAGCUGGAUCAACGUAUCUUUUGAGUCUUUCCUCGAGCAAACACCCCCAGUACCCACUUAUCAGACAGGAUCGCAGCCACUACAUAAUUUCUUAGGAUUCGACAGCUCAAAACAUAUCGUUUCGCUUUCACUUCGAGAUCCUUUGGAUGCUCGAGAGAUGCCUCCAAAUGGAAAUUCGCAUGUUUCAGCUUCAUGCAUGCGUGGUGUGAGGAAGGUCACGCUCGCAGACUGGCGAUCUUAUGUUCUGACGAUGCAGCCUGAUAUUGCAUUUGCUCUCAGUGAUACGCCAUUUACUGUAGCCCCGCACUCGCAGAAGCGCCUGACUAAAAGCAUCGAGCGGAGCGCGGCUUGGCUCGCAGAUCUGUUGCGUCCUGUUGAAAACAUGAUGGAUGACUCAUUCUCGGAGUCAACUUCUGCUGCUUUGAAUGUCUUCGUACAUAUGGCUGGUGGUACUUCGACCUCCGCAAGGAGAGCCUUUUCGCACAGCCUCAUGGAGACUCUUUAUGGGCUGGAAGCAGACGCCGUGAAACCACUGCUAUGUUUGGAUGAAGGAGUAGCUGGAUAUGCAUUUGACCUAGCGGCUCUUCAUAACUCAGAAUUAUUAGCUCAAACGCCAACACCUAAUACGGCUGGUACACCUACAUCGCUCUCGUCCAGCAUGAUCGAACCUCUUUCUUUCCUCUCCCUGACCCCUACAUUGGAUGAGCUCCUUCGCGCAUCGUUAGAUUCCCUUCCAAUCGCAAAACCACGCCUUGUCACGGAUGUUCGAUCGCCUCAUGAAAUCCUGUGUUUGAUCAGAGAUAUUGGAGUCGACGUAUUCGAUGCGGGAUGGGCCGUAAAAGCAGCUGAUAUUGGGGUAGCUCUCGAUUUCAUCUUUCCAGUGCCUAGCGGGCACGACAGUGGUCCAAACCAUUGCAAACGCGACAUUGGUCACAACCUGUACGAUGCAAAGUAUGCUCACGACUUCGUCAGUUUGUCAGACGCCUUCCUCGCUGGCCACAAUGGAACAUCUUCGUCUAAAACUCCCGUAUGCCCCUGCGCUGCAUGCUCUCCAGUUGCCCCCACAUCUCCUAUUUACCAUAGCAAAGUUGACGUUCAGUCGCACCAAGCGCAAUCAGACGACGGCACGAGCCGCGAACAAUUCUUACCUCCUUUCACACGAGCCUACCUGCACCACCUUUUACACACCCAUGAGAUGUCUGCGCACACACUCCUUGUCGCACAUAACGUCGUCAUCCUUGAUGCCCUGCUUACUGGAGUGCGAACAAUUCUUUCGGGUCAUGCUGAUCAAAAUGAAGCAGAAGUCAUUUUUGCUCGAGAAGUUACAAGGUUUGAGGAGGUUUAUGAUGGAGCUAUGUCGGUACUCCAUACCGCUCGAGACAACUGGAAAGACGUGAAGUACGCACGGGGUAAAGGAAGAUUGUUGCGGGAGGCACAGAAAGAGAAGGAUGUUCGAUUAUAA